AUGCCUGUUCGCUUCUGCACCUUAUUCGUUUCGCUCGAACGGCAGUGCUCAUUGCCUCUACACUCGCGAAACUUUUCAACCCUGUCAGUACCGGCAAUGACGACUGCUUCGACCUCAACCAACGACCACGCCGCGACGGCCCCGCAAUUGCCCCCGAUGCAACUCUCCGGCGCCCUAGACACGACGGCGUGUAUCGCACUCCACUCGCUUACCCCGACUUCCAAUACGACCCGGCAAAAACCAUUUAAGCCAAAUUGCGCUGCUUUCGACCACACUUCUACUAAACCGGUCCGGUUUGCUUGUUGGGAUGCCCAAAUGUACUACAUUACAUUACAACAUUGUAAAACUCCCCGCUCGUCCUCCUCUUGCCAUAGUCUUCAUACUCUCCUCGGCUUAGGCCCCCAAGCAGAAUAGCAUCCAUACAUAAUGCCGCGAGUAAAUGGUGCAUUUACAAAUCACGCGCGCGCGUUUACCCCCGAACCUUGACGCAUCUACCCCCGGAAGUAAGGUGCAAAGUUCACUUACAAAUGGUGCAUUCUUCGCGCAAGUUGGUGCGUUUGCCAAUCAAGGAUGGUAUCUACCAACGUGAUCAGCAAAGUGGGCACGCGCGAGACCGUCGAUUAAAGAUUCGCACCGGGGGGGUUAAGGGGGGUUAA